CUGAGUGCCACAGCUGCAUGAACACAGAGAGACGAAGCUGGUGGAUUACUGCAUCUGUACGGACUCCUACGAGACUCCCGAGCCUAACCUGAGUAACGCAGAUUUCAUUUCAGGCAAAAUGAAAUUGAUCGUUCUGUCCUUCUUCUGCUGCUGUCUGCUGCUCACCGUCACACCCAGUGUGAGCAGUGCAAAACUAAACCUCAGCCAAGUUUUAAAAAGAAGCAUCGGGAUCCAGAGGACAAAAAGGGAUCUGAGUAGUCUGUCUGCACUGAGGGAAGCAGAGCAAUUUGUUCGCCCUGAUGAUGUCAAAGACACCCUGCUUCCACAUUCCAGCACUGGCAUUGGUGUGCGAACCAAGCGCUCCAAGAACUCCGUCAACCAGUCGCGGAGGUCAGGCUGCUCGCUGGGCACGUGCACGGUACACGACCUGGCACACCGCCUGCACCAGCUCAACAACAAGCUGAAAGUCGGUAGCGCCCCUAUGGACAAGAUAAGCCCGCUGGGCUACGGGCGCAGGCGCAGGUCCGUCCCUGACAGGCAGAUCAGGUUAUUGAUGCAAGGGGGUCACUUGCAGCCAGCAUGGAGGCUUCACAAGCUGGAAGCGCUGCUCAGACGGACAUGAGCAGGACACGGGCCGAGGGGACUGGAAAGCUGAGAUUUGUCCUGCCAAGAGUUCUCCGGCACGUUCUUUUGCAAGGCGAGCGGCUGGGUCAGCAGACGCGGCUUGCCAAGGCACAAAAAAACAACAGCUGUGUGUCCAUAAGCACUGUGAAUCAGAGACAGAGACGUUCUGUGGUGGAGCACUGAAACUUUCUGGGUUCGUAUGCAAGUGUGUGAUUGGUGCACUGAUCCCCAAAGGAGUGGAGUGGAGUGGAGUGGAGUGGAAAAGAAAAGUCACAGGAACCAGGGCUGAAGAAUGAACCUCCUCGAACGGGACAGAAUUUCGCUGCUCCUCAGGUGGACUAUUCAACUGGGAUUAUGGGACCCAAAUGCAUUCCGAGUGCACAGUGCUCUCUCUCUCCCUCGGAAAACAACAAAACAAACAAACUCUGGACUUUAAUCCAUUGUAUUCAACAGGGAAAGAUGUGGAUUGUUCAUGCGGAGGAGCUUUGAAGGAUUUUCAGAAUAUGAAUACGAAUAUGGCCAUGAAACUGUUAUCUGUCACAAACUCUUUUCUUGGACACUGUAAUGAGGGAUGAAUGCUUUUGAUUUGAUAUAAAAAUGCCUUUCUUGGUCCGUAAAAAGGAUUGUUAUGCUACUUGAACACAUUAUUUUUAUUAUUUUGUACAGAGAUAUGUGCAAUCUAUAUGUAUUUUUUUAUUCCCAGUAUAUGUAUAUACAGGCCAUGCCAAAAAAAAAGAAAAAAACAACUCAAGAUAAGAUGUUAUUUAAUUGUUUUAUACUUCGUACUACUUAUAGAGAGCUAUUUUUGUACAGGAUUAAAGGAAUAUGGGCAUUGUUGUAUAUCAUUCGUUUGUAUUGUAUGGUGGACAGAAUACGUUUUAUGUCUGUAAUAAUAUAUUUGUAAAUGUGGUUGAUUUUUGUAUGUCGGAGAAAUGUACGUUGUCAUCCAAUAAACUUCGGAUUCGAACAAAGAA